AACGCCGUUUCAACUCGACCGACUGCAUCGCCUACAGCCGCCACCGCACAACCCGUCGCGCCGAUCCAGCAACACCCCACGAACCUCAGCACCUCCGCACACACCGCUGCCGCUGCCAACGCGCCGCAGCCCACCCUCACCGCAUCGGUUGCGUCCGCUGUCGCAGCUGCUGCCGCCGCCGCCGCUGCUGCUGCAGCAGCCGCAGCAGGCGCUGUACCACCGCCUUCUUCUACCACCAGCAAUAGUCACGCGAACAUCAGCGUCGUGCCACCGAAAGGCAGCACGUCCACAGCAGCAACGCCGCUAACCAUCACCUCCGCCGCCGCCGCCGCCGCUGCCGCAGCUGCUGCAGCCGCCCAACACCACAGCGCCAACAAUCCAAUGGCCGUAACAUCGACAGUGCCGCCGGGCGCGCGCUCUAUAUCGCCAUGUUCGGCCGCUGCCACGCCUUACGGCAGCAGUAGUAUACCGGGUGGAGCCAGCCUCAGCGCGAGUGGACCCGGAAGUGGUGUAACAGUUUCGGUGAUAGGACCACCAGGAAGUGGGCCACCAGGUAUGCCGCCAAGUUUGGGCGGUGGACCGCCGGGCGGUCCUGGUGCGGGUGGUAUACCACCACCACCGGGUACACCGGGCUCAAAUCGUUGCUGUGAUACUGGCCGCACAAUCUACACGGAUCCCGUUAGUGGCCAAUCGCUUUGCUCGUGUCAAUAUGACAUACUCAGCUAUCAGCGUUUGGCGGCCGCCGGCGGACUUGUCACCGGACCGGGCGGAGUGCCAAUAGGCGUCUAUCCGGAGGGCAUGUCUGCAUACCUAUCGGGCAUAGCGACCGAUCAGCCGCCUUUCUAUGCGAAUCCG